CCAUAUCCACCCGCGCGCCCGCCACGAUUCGCGCUUCUUGUCGUCGACGGCAGUGUCGUGUGCGGCUUAUCGCAUUUGACUAACGAUUCGAAGAACGACCGUGUCCGGUCCCAGUGAGAGCCGGAGUGUCGUUGUCAGUGCGUAAUAAUUCCGGACGGAAUAUCGUCGCGAGUAAUCACGGUCAAUUAGCAAUCGCAUUCGGGACCAUCUCAUUAGACCGUCGUGACGAGUUCCGUCAGCGAUUUCGCGCCGAAAACGAUCGCGCCGCGGCGCCUCGGUGGGAGGAAAACGCACGUGAAUCGCUCCUGUUGCUCGUCGACUAGGAUCUACGAGGAUCUCUCGCGGGUCGACUCGAACUUUUCCUCGGCGACGUGACGUGCACGUGAACGUGUUUAUUCUGUCUGCGCGACAAGUUCGCGAACAUUGGGAAGUGCAGCCUUGUUGGUUAAGGACGUGCUUUGAAGACCGACCGCCACUCGUGCACGACGAGGAAAUCUUGUAGGCAUCAGCGUUAUUUAUUCCGGAAGCCAACGUCGUGCCUGACGAUUCGACGAUAAAUUCGAGAUAUCGCGGCUCGCCUACAUUCCCCGACUUGACUCGUUGAGCUGCUGUCGCAUCCACGCAAAGUAAACGUCGCCAACCAUCAUCGGAAUGGACGGAGAAUCUUCUACCGAGGGAGCCCUCGGCGAGGCACCGAUCUUCGAAUCGCCGAUGUCCAACAUCGCCAGCGAUCUAUCGAAAUCAUCACUGGAUUCCGGUAGCGCGAAGAAACGUCACUUUCCACGUUCAAAAGGUACCUCCAGCGCCUUUCAUUGCGUCAACGAUCAGAGAAGUGAUGGUGACAAGAGAGAAAGUUGGCAAGAUACGUGGACAAGAGAGAAAAAGGUUGAAGAUACGGAACGGAAUUAUUACGUAAAGACAUUGACCACUCGUGAAUGGCAAAAUUCAUCUCAUGGAAAAAAUGACUAUAACAAAGAGAACAAUGGUACCUCCAGCAAUUUGCCAUACAGCUGUACUCCGCAAAGACAGCGCUGUAAGAAAGUACGACAACCUUUGGAGGAUUACGAUGAGAACAGCCAGGACAGCGGCCAUCCGUCGAGCCCUAUGAGCGAAAAGCUGAGAAAGAGGCGCGAAUUGUACAGAAAUCUCAACAUCCCCGAAUUCAAGAUGAAAUACCCAAUGUGUUCAUAUACAUCUCCACCGCACUUUCGUGGCCUGAAGACCACGAGCUCGACCCUCUUGCGUAGCUUGUCAUCGGGAUACGAGAGCAUGGACGACGGGCUUAUGAGCGAGCUCAACGACAUGGAGACAACGGACGAGGAGGAGAUGCAGCUACCGAGCGGCAUUUCGAAGUUACUGUCCGGCGACAUAGUCGCGCCUGAGACAUCGGCGGACUAUGACGUCUCAACGACUCCCGAUUUCUCCCGGAAUCUAUCGCCCAAAGUGAAAACGUGGAUGUCCGUACAGAACGGCAUGUACAAACGAAACAUCCAAGCGAUGUCGCCGCCCGCACCGCUAGCGAGGUCACCGUCGCUGGCGAGACGGUCGCCGUCGGUAGGGAGAACAUCGUCGUCGCCGAGGUGGACGCCAUUGGAGAAGAAACCAUUGGAGAAGAUGACGUUAUCGAAGAUUCGCACUUGCUUGUUUCGGUCGCCGACAGCCUACUCCUCGAAGAGAAUGAUAACGAGGACAUUCAGCUACGACGAGGCAUCAGCGCCCUACUAUAGAUUACAAAUGGAGAUCUCGCCGCAAUCCGCGAGGUCUUACAAACGACCAUCGGAGGACCUGCUGGAGGACGAGGCGUCAAUAUUGAAAAGAUCGCGCAAGUCCCAAGGCUUACGUCCGGACGCGACUCCCGUGUCGGCGAGACGCUCGAGUACCUUGACGCGGCCGCAAAUCGCCCUGCAGAGAAGCCUGUCAGAGACCGUCGAGACACACACGAAUAUCAAAUGGGCGAUUCACCGCAGCACCACCGACUCCGAUCUCAUCGGCGAUUUCAGCAAACCGUGCAUCCUGCCACUGACCAGCGGCAUUCAUUCGGAUCUCAAGACCAUCACGUCCGACACUAUGGCGGCGCUCUUACGUGGCGAGUUUGCCGACCGCGUUAAUUCCUACUCGAUCGUCGAUUGCCGAUAUCCGUACGAGUACGAGGCGGGCCACAUCGAGGGAGCGGUGAACAUCUACAACAUAGAACUCAUCCAACAGAUCAUGUUCAAACAUCUGGCCAAUAUUACCCCCAAGAUCCAUGUCGAUACGGACAAACGCAACAUACUCGUGUUCCACUGCGAGUUCUCGUGGGAGCGUGCACCGAAUCUCUCGAGAAUUCUCCGCAGACUGGAUCGCGAAUGUAACAAGGAGCAUUACCCAGCGUUGCACUAUCCGGAGAUGUAUCUCCUACUGGGGGGUUACGAGAAGUUUUACGGCGAGCAGAAGGAGUUCUGCUCGCCGCAGGAUUACAAGCCGAUGAAGCAUCCCAAUCACGAAGCGGAAUGUCGAUUCUUUCGCAGCAAAUGUAAGAGCUGGCAGGCGGAGAAGACCAAAGGGAUUGGCCAGACGGUGCGAGCAAACCUCGAGCGUUUUGCCUUUUAAACAGACAUUCGUUUUUCUUUAUUUCAAUUUAAUCUAAUUUAAGGCUCAAUCCGCUCCCGUACUAGUCGCGAAUCGUUUAGACGUUGAACGUCCUCAGAGACGGUCGGGAUAUAAAAUACGCGCGCACCAUGCGCGUCGCUAAAGUGCAAACGGUGUAAAGAGACUACUCGUCCAUUAUUUUUUUUUUUAUUUUUGGUUGCUCUUUGCGCUAUACAAUGUGACUGACUCGAGGAAUUUUCUACGAGUGUCUUACAUAUGAUCUAAAAAAGAAUGUAGAUGUAAAUGUCAUUCAACCAUGUAUAGAUUCUAAUCGAGCUUAAUACUUAGGCACUUUAGUUUACGCGGAGCGAUUAGAAUUUAUAGAUUGUACUUUUGAUAAUGACGAUUUAGGCUAUGGUGAUAUAUGCGACUGUCCACACAUCCUGAGGUCGAAAUUUGUACAUAAAAAUUAUAUCGGGCAAGAUCAUAUACUAUACGUCACUCUAUAAUUAAGUAUAUUCUGUAAUCAAACAAUGCAAUACAUCUACGUGCUGACCCGAAGUAUAACAGGGCAUAAUGCCGUGAACGUAGGUUACAAAUUUCUUUUAAAACACUUCGGGCGGCAUCUCAUUAUGUAUAUAGAUCAUAUAGGACAUAUGAUUGAGACGAAUUUCAACGAUUUCACGUCGUCGAUCUCUUGUCUCUUUCUGUUAUUAUUAAUUUGCCAAGGUUUUUUAAAGCAAACGCUUACGGUCGAUUCUAAAAAUUACAUAAAGUGUUACCAAUUCGUUGUUGCAAUUUGAAAAAUGUAUUAUUAAUAUAAACACGAGAGGCUAAUCCUCAAGUACUCGCGUUGAAUGAAUGCGAUUUAAUUGAUGUUUCUUUUGGUUGUACAUUUUUUUUCAAAAGAAGAAUAGAAGAGAGUUAGUUUCAGCCGCGUUUUGAGUAGAGGAUUUAAAUUCUAUAAGAAUUUAGCACAAAAUCUGCUUUUUUUUUCUCAAACUUCUCUUCAAGAGAUCAAAGGCAGAGAAAAGCGCAAAUACUUGGGGAUUAAUCGAUAACUGAAUUAACGAUAAAUUAACUCAAGUCAAAUUUUUCCAUCGAACCACGUGAUACAAAUGCUAUUAAAUGUGCAAAUUUUUUUGUUGUUACAUUGUAAAAAUUAUUUUUACGUUACAUAGAUAAAUAUUUACGCCACGUAA